AUGUCCGCUCAGUUCUUGAAUUACGCCGCCUGCGACAUCGACGUCACAUGCGUUGUCAGAACCUCCGAUCUCGUCGCGCAAACCGCCACCAUCAAUCAAUCAUGGCCCUUUCCCGACCCAAUCCAACUUGACCUCUCCGACUUGGAUGAGGCGAGUUCUCACAUCACUCGUCGUCCUCUCUUUGCCCCACCAACUAACGUCUUUCAGGAAACUCGCUCCUUAUUUGUCGUAAACACGCUCCUCCAUCUCAAAGGUUACAUCCUCGGCAACGGCAUCGUCAACGUCACUGAAGCUACUAUAUUGAAUGGCUCAUUUCGUAGAGGCUCUCUCACCAACCCGCUCACUGGAGCGGUACAGGAACUCGAAGUCAGGCUUGCCAGAAGAACGACCUGGCCACCCGACACCAGCUCUCCGCAGGAGAGUGAAGGUGAUGUGGGGUCCUCGGACGGCGAAGGCACUGCCGAGGAGGAGGAGGAGGAGGAGGAGGAGGAGAGUGUGGUCUCCGAUGAUUCCCUCUCUGACCCAGAUUGGGAGAUGGCAGAGGGGUCAGAUGAGGAAGACGAAGAGGACGAAUAA